AUGACAUCCGCAUCUCCACGACGGCCACCUCCGGCCUACACUGCACCUAGCACAUCCACUGUGCAUGCAUCAUCACCAGUCUACCGAGAGGUUGCAGCCACGGCGGCUUUUCCAGAUGCACGCAAGCUUGAGACAUCGUUCACCAUUCGGCCAUGUUCCGGACAAGCGUGGGUUGUGCGUGCGGGGCAGGUUUGCAGAUUGACCACCCCAAAAGGGCCGCAGGUGGGAGACUUGAACAUCUGGAAUGCAAACAACCCUCGGGAGCGCAUGUGGGCAGCUCGAACGCGGCAGAUUCAUAGCUCGCAUGUGUCUGUUGGGGACCGACUAUGGUCUAACCUUCCUUAUUUACGGCCACUGGUUACCAUCAUCGGGGACUCGCUGGGUGGUGGGCAGCUCGAUCAAGUGCUGGAUGUGGACGGCAAGAGGAAAGAAGGAAGUGAGUUCGGCACGACGAAAUGGGGCGGCCGUGUACACGACUUGCUGGGCACGCGGUGUGAUCCUUAUGUCAAUCUGCUGAUGGGCGGCGAGAGCUUUGACUUUCACUGCCACUCGAAUCUGACGCGAGCGGUUGUGCCGCAUGGAUUGACGGAACUGGACGUGCACGAUGUUCUCAACGUCUUCCAGGUGACGGGCCUAGACGAGCAGGGAAAGUACUUCAUGGAGGCGUCUCCAGCAAAGGCGGGCGAGUAUUUCGAGUUCUUUGCAGAGGUUGAUGUUCUCUGCGCAUUGUCGGCAUGCCCUGGCGGCGAUCUGUCGCAAUGGGGCUGGGAGGACAAGGAAGGCGGCGACAUGGCGGCCACGUGCCGUCCGCUGGGCGUCGAGGUUUACAGCGUUGCCGAUGUCGGCAUCCUGGAUGGCUGGACGCAGCCUGAGGCUCCUCAGUACAAGGGCAUGCACGGGCUACACAUGCCCACGCGAGAAGAGAGCUCUGGGUAUGUCGGGGUCUGA